UCGAAUAGGAAACUUAAUUAUGAUCGGUACCAUGUUCCUUACCAUGUUGUCUCUGGGAUGUACCAUGGAGAUCGCCAAGAUUAAGGGUCACAUUGUGAAACCCAAAGGAGUGGGGAUCGCGAUUGUGUCUCAGUAUGGGAUAAUGCCUCUGACGGCCUUCUGUCUGGCUAAGGUGUUCCAGUUACCAGAGAUGGCUGCUGUGGUGGUGCUGAUCUGCGGCUGUAGUCCUGGAGGUCUUCUGUCCAACGUCAUGAGCUUGGCCCUCAGGGGAGACAUGAACCUUAGUAUAGUGAUGACUUCAUGCUCCACCGUCCUUGCCUUUGGGAUGAUGCCUCUGCUCUUGUUCCUGUACUGCCAGGGCUUUGAGGGUCUCCAGGAAGCUGUCCCAUACAAAGAUAUAGCCCUAUCCCUGUUGUCCAUCCUGAUCCCAUGUGGAAUUGGGAUACUCCUCAACCACUACAGGCCACAGUACUCCAACAUCAUCACCAAGGUAGGUCUGAUCAUCUCGACCAUCUGUUUCGUGGUGGUGACUACACUGACUGUUCUGGACGAGGGAGAGAAGGUCUUGACCGUUGUGUCUCCCUCCAUGAUGACCAUCGCUUUCCUGAUGCCAAUGAUUGGAUACACCCUGGGAUACCUCUUCUCCUUCCUCUUCAGACUCUCGCAGCCGGAGUGCCGGACAGUGUCGAUGGAGACGGGCUGUCAGAACGGACCGUUGUGUAUGGCCCUGGUUAAAGUGGCCUUUCCUCCUCAGUUCGGGCCUCUGUUCCUCUACCCCCUGAUCUACGUGUUCAGCCAGUUGUGUGACGCUACGCUCCUGGUGCUGCUGUUCAGAUCUCACCAGUGCUGGCAACAACAUAAGAACAAAAAGGGUGAGGAAUUUAUUACCCCAAAAUUACUGAAAAACAUUUACCGUGAGCAGGGUCACCUCUCCAUAGUUCUGACCUGUAAUUUGGCUUUGUGGCGUCAUUAGGCCUACUCACUUCCACAGAAACAUUUUCAUGCUAUACUAUGGAACAUUCUGGAUAUAGCAAAAACAUCCAUGGAGACAAGCAGGUGGCAGACCCUCCACUAAAAGUUACAAGUCUUUACGGUGAUGGCCAUAGUUAGUUGCUUCUAUUUUGGGAGUUUGGGGCCAGACAGCUGUGUGCUGGAUCUGACUUACAACAGCUGUAUUUUAUAGGCAGUCUACCACAUUUGACUCAGAUGUUUUCUAUAUUGCCAAUUCACAUGAAACUUUUUGUUGUACAGGGGCGUACCAGGCUGCAAGUCCAGAGAUGCAACAAGUUGAGGUAUCAGAGAAGAGCUGUUAAAUCAAAGUGUUUAGAAUAUAGCUGGUUGUAACAGCUUUUAAGGCAAGAUUUUAGAGAUACAAGUUUUAAAAUUCUUCUGUAGUUUACAUAAUUGUAAGUAACAUUUUUUAUCAGGUAGUAAGGCAUUUAAUUGUAAAAACUGCCUAAACUGACCAUGUUUGGGACAUACAACUCAAGAUAGCUGUCAUAUUAGAUACAAAAGAGGAUUUUGAAUAGCUUUAGAAUCACUUCAGGUUAAACUUUAAUCAGAUCAAGAAGGAGGAAUUAAAUAAAUCCUCCUGUAUGUUUCAUCAAAAUCGUAAGUACAAGAUUGUAAAGUUUGAAGUAUGUAGAUGCCAUUUAAAGGGGUGAUCCUCAAGUCCUUUAUAUGGGGAAAAACGCAAACCAA